AUGUUGGCAAGUGCAUUUGGAACUCCUAUUGUGACAGAUGAGUUCACUACUAGCAAACUUAGAGUGUCAUAUGCUAGAGUGUUAGUGGAAGUGGACAUAACUCAAAAGCUGUUGGAAGAGAUAGUUAUCAAGGAUAAGGAGGGGAAUGUUGUUAUACAGAAGGUUGAAUAUGAAUGGAGGCCAAAUUUAUGUGAAAAGUGUCAAGCAGUGGGACAUAAUUGUGAAUUCAAAAUUAAGAAGAAGCAAUGGCAGCCUAAGAACAAGACUAUCUCAAUUGAAAAACAACAAGAAGUUAAAGAGGAAGAACAUCUAGAAGCCAAGAAGGAGGGAACUGCUGAGGUAACUACUACACCUAACCAUGCUGGUUUAUUUGAUGAUACUAUCUGGACUGUUAUAGGAAAACAGGGUAGUGGAAGAGGGAAGUCUACUGAGUAUGCUGGAACUUCAAAUCAGAUCCACUGUGAGAAUGGCUAUGGGGUACUAGGGCAUGUGAAUGAGCCUCUAGUAGCCUUUGAUAGGGGACCAUGUUAA